GGGUUGUGAGCCCCGAGGCGAUGCUCGCGGGCCGCCUUCCCCCCCGCAGCGCGAGCGGGAGUGCGUGGGAAGGAGUUAGACAAAGCCUGAGCCCGGGAGCAGAGGCAGCGCUGCCGGGAGGGAGACGGGGACGUUCUCCCCUCCCCAUCCUCCCCCCCGGGCGAGGGCUGAGCAGGAGCCCUCCUCGUCCCCUCCGCGGCGGCAGAACGGACCGGCACGUCCCCGUCCCUCGGGCUGGCAGCCGCGGGGUGCAGCGGGCAGCGGGGCAGCGCCGGUGGCCCCGCGGUGAUGCCCGGCGGGGAGGCGGACAUCUCCGUCACCAGGAUCUCCUGGCCACGGCUCCGUGACCCCAGCAGCCAGAGCAGCCCCUGAAUCCUGCGUGUGAAUCGGUCGCACCAGGGAACGGCUGUGUUUGUGGACUAGCAUGGGAGAAGCCUUCCCCGGGCAUGGGCAGCACUAGGGAUCCUGAGGCCCUGCAGCUGCUGAGGCGUGAGGCUGAGGAUGCCUGUGAGCCCAGUUCCAGCUCCUCGGGCUGCCCGCCAGUGGGUGAGCGCUUGCCCAGCUCUGGCUGCAGCGGGGAUGGCCGUGCCAUGAGGACCUGCUGCGUGGCUGAGCCCGAGGCCCUGGGCACUGCGGAGAAGGUGCCGGUGCCAACAGGACCGGGGAGCUGCGGGGCACCCGGUGGCACUGCUGCUGCCUGCGGCCCCAUGGAGCCAGGGGGAACCCAGAAGGAGAAGGCCAACCCCAUGCCCGCCCUGCCCGAGCCCUGCCUCAAGACACCCAGCAAGGACGCAGGCAGCGUGCCGGCUCCAGCCAAACACGUGGCAUUCGUGGAGCCAUCGGCAGGGGCUGAGCUGCCCUCCCCGAUGCCAAGCCAGGAGCAGCCCCAGGGUGGUGCAGGGGGCAGCGAGGCCCCCGAGCAGCCCCAGGUUGUUGGGGAGGAGGGCAGAGCUGACAGGAGCACCGAGUGCACCCAGCAGCCCCGGACUGCCAAGCUGCUCUGCGGAUCCUACUCGUUUGAGGUGACCCCCCCGCAGGACGCCGGUGUGCAGGACAUGGGGACACAAGUGGACAGCCGUGCAUCCCUGGUGUCGGUGGCACUGAGCCCCAUGAGCCCCCCAGGUGGAGCCGCUGCCUUCACCUUCCCCAAGAGGGAGCUGGGCUCUGCCCCACGCCUGGAGCCCUCCAAGAAGGACGCGGAGAUGCAGGUGUCCAUGCCCGUGGAGACGCGCUCGGUGGCCACCGGGCCCAUGACACCAGUGGCCAAGUCCCCACAGGCCUCGUACCCUGAGGUGCACGUGAAGGGGGUGGCAGAGGAGGCUCCGGAGCCCAUCCGGGAGGUGAGCUGGGACGAGAAGGGGAUGACGUGGGAGGUGUACGGGGCCUCCAUGGAGGUGGAGGUGCUGGGCAUGGCCAUCCAGAAGCACCUGGAGAAGCAGAUUGAGGAGCACGGGCGGCAGGCGGUGGCCACCCCACAGAGCACUCGCGCCAGCUCCAUCAAAGGGGCUCCCCGCAAAGGUGAGCCCAAGAGGCAGCCCAGCAUCUUUCGGGCUCUGCUGCAAAAUGUCCGGCGGCCACGGUGCUGCUCCCGCACCGGCCCGGCCAUGGAGUGAGCUACUGCACAUCCACGUGGGAUGGAGGGGACACGGGGAGGUGUCCCUGCCCUGCGCCCCGAGACGGCCGCUGCCAGCGUGCAGCGCUCCAGGUGGGUGGUGAUGGAGUGCUGCAGGUGGGAUGGGACGUCUCCUCUGCUGGGGUCUCCCCAGCCCUGGGACACGAGACAGGUGCCACCUCUCUGUGCAGGGGGUGGGGGCCUGGCCGUGGCUUAGAGCUGGGCUGGUGGGCAGCAGCAAUGACAGCAGCCCCCGGCUGCCCACCCCACUCCUGUUCUUGCCACAUCGGCAUCGUGUCCCACUGCUGUGCCCAACAGAAGGGCUGUGGGGCUGGAGCACGGUGCCAUCAGCUGCUUGUCCCCAUCACUGCAGCUGGGGGCAGCUGGGGAGGUUGUCCCCGUGGUUCCCAGCCCUCCCUGGCUGCAUUUGAAGCACGGGAACCCUGGUGCUGGGGAAGGAGCUGUGCUGCCUCCCAGCCACACUGCUGUGAGCAGCACCCAGAGCCCCCAGGCUGUCCCUCUGUGGGUUCCCCAGCCUUGCUUGCUGCUCCCCCCGGGGCUGCGCCAGCUGCAAAGUGCUGCCACUUUUUACUGCUGGGAUUUUGCAGGGGUGGGAGGGAGGGGGGGCUUUUCUUGAACCGUGUUUGCAUUUUUGGAGCUUUUUAAGAGACACUUUCAGCCGUCAGCCACCUCCUCCCCAGCAGCCUGCGGGGCUGCAGCUCUUUCAAAACACUGUUCCUAUAUCCCUGCCCUGCUGGGCAGCACCAGGAGCAAAGUGGGUGUGCUGGGGGGUGACACCCCUCUGCCAGCAGCACCUCGGUGUCAGUGCCAAACUGUCGGGCCCCACAUCUUGCCCUGCCCCAUCCCCACCAGCCUGACCCAGUGCACAGGAGCGGCCCCACAGAGCCCUGGGAGCACCUGAGCUGCAGGAGGCUGCAAAAAUCGGGGUGCUGGGGAACCCCUGGUCCUGCCAGUCCACUCUGGCACUAUGGCUUCAUCCCCAACUUUCAUUGUUUAACUCUGUUUGUUUUCUGGGGGUGUGGGGGGAGGAAAGGGGUGGGAGAACUACACUUGUCAGUCGGGGUGUUGGGUAAUAAAACAUUGCAGAAAGCUCUGUGCUGCCAGCACCUCUCGGUGGGGAUGUGUGGGGUGACAGACAGACAGCGGGGUGGCACAGAGCCCUGCAGUGACACCAAACCCCUCCAGCCUGACCUCAACACACCAGGAGAGGGGACCCCCUGGGGCCUGCACCAAGGGGCUGGUGGCCAUGGGACGCUGUCACCACGUGAGAUGGGUUUAUUGCCGGGAUUGAACACGACAUCGCCAGAGGAGCUGCCCGAGUCCCGCUCUGGCCCCUCUGCGCCCCGUAUGCUGCUCACAGGUCGGUGGUGUUGAAGGCAGUGUUGAUGUAGGCCAUUUUGGGGGGAUCCUUCAUGUUCAGGGCGGCCGCCAGAGCUUCGUCCUCAGUGGAGUCUGUGGGAUGUGGGCUGCCUCUCUG